AGCCGCGUUCAGCCGCGAGUAUCCGUCGGGGUCAGCAAUCCGCACAUCUUUAAGCAGCCAUUGCGCGCACACCGAGCUUGCUGUAUUUGUGCCAAAUCAUGUCUUUACGACGCUGUACGCAGCGGUUAUAUUCCAUAUGUUCAACAUGCAAUCCUCGGCCGCACAAGUGUGCUCGUUGGGUAGGUCUGGUGCGACAACAGGGAGGGCGAAGAUGGAAUUCAGUCAGCCAACAGCCAGGUAGCGACCACAUUCAUUUUCCUGGCGCAGUGAACAGCAAGUUCACCUCGACUCUCAAAUUUCACAAUCCUUCCGAACAAGAAGCUAUGCCUACGUACAGAGUCAUGGAUCAGUCCGGAAACCUUAUCGACAAAUCACGACCACCACUAGAUGUCACAGACGAGCUCGUGUUGAAAAUGUACAAGGACAUGGUCACGAUUGCGGUUAUGGACCCCAUCAUGUAUCAGGCGCAGCGCCAGGGCCGCUUGUCCUUCUACAUGAUGAAUGUGGGCGAGGAGGGCAUAGCAGUAGGGUCUGCAAGUGCCCUCAAGCCCGAAGACGUAAUAUUCCCGCAAUAUAGAGAAGCGGGAGUCUUUCUGUACAGGGGUUUCACCUUGGAUAACUUCAUGAACCAACUGUUCGCUAAUCGACUGGACAACGGCCUGGGCCGCAACAUGCCAGUUCAUUACGGGAGCCGAGAGCUGAACAUCCACACCAUAUCCAGCACACUUACUACCCAGCUGCCGCAUGCAGCGGGAGCCGGAUAUGCCCUGAAAAUGCAGCACCUUCAGAAUCCGUCUGAAGUCCCUAAGAGAGUCGCUGUAACAUACUUCGGUGAGGGCGCUGCUAGCGAGGGCGACUUUCAUGCCGCACUCAACAUAGCCGCCACACGUAAUUGCCCUACUAUUUUCAUCUGUCGUAACAAUGGAUAUGCUAUCUCCACACCUUCCCUAGAGCAGUAUCGCGGGGAUGGCAUCGCCUCGCGAGGCGUCGGUUAUGGCAUCCACACGAUCCGCGUCGACGGCAAUGACAUAUUCGCCGUGCGGGAGGUGACCCAAAAAGCGCGCGAGAUGGCUCUGGAGGGUGAUAUGAAGCCUAUACUCAUCGAAGCAAUGUCCUAUCGUGUUUCGCACCACAGUACUUCAGAUGACAGCACUAAAUACAGAGAAUCCCGCGAGAUUGAAUCCUGGAAACGACGCGACAAUCCCAUCACACGAUUGCGGAAGUGGAUGGAAAACCGCGGCAUGUGGGAUGAAGAACGUGAGAAAUCUCUGCAGGAAGAGACGAAGAAGGAGGUAAUGAAAGCUUUCAACAAGGCGGAGCGGGAGAAGUUGCCUGCAAUCAGGCAUAUGAUGACAGACACGUACGAGGAGUUGUUACCUGAGCAAAUAGAACAGUUGGAGGCCUUGAAAGAUAUCAUUGAGAGAUAUCCCGAUGAAUAUGAUCUUGGGAUGCAUGAAGAUGGGAUAAACGGCAUAACCGUUCCCAGAAACCCAAAGAGGUAGUGAGUUAAAAGACAUCUGUCUCUCCAAACCUGGGUCGCAAGUCAAAGCAUAGAAAAUUUAAGACUAGUAUUCUGA